UCGGCCAACAGGCAAACGAACAGCGCCGUUGCCUCCGUUUAUUUUUCCUCUGUUCUGUUCCCACCGAGAAUCUUCUCGGGCUAUUCCUAAUCCGCCAUGGUCGAGGUUAAGGACAUCGAGAAGUUGUUUGAGCUGGACGGCUAUUUGAGGCCGCACGAGCACGAGAUCCGGCGCCGUCAUGGCGUGCUCCAGGAUUGGCUGACCAAGAUAAACCAGAGCGAGGGCGGAAUGGAGGAGUUCUCGCAGGCCUACAAACACUACGGCCUCCAUUUCCAGCCGGACAAUUCGGUGAUUGCCCGCGAGUGGGCACCUGGAGCCAGAGAUGUUUAUCUCACGGGUGAUUUCAACAACUGGCACUGGGAGUCGCAUCCGUUCAAGAAGCUCGACUUUGGCAAAUGGGAGCUCCACCUGCCGCCCAACGAGGACGGUAGUCCGGCCAUCAAGCACAUGAGCGAAAUCAAGGUGAUCAUUCGUAACCAUUCCGGUCAGCUGCUCGACCGCCUGUCGCCCUGGGCCAAGUAUGUGGUGCAGCCGCCCAAGUCGGCCAACCAGGGGGUCAACUACAAGCAGUACGUGUGGGAGCCGCCAUCCUACGAGCGCUACCAGCGCCAGCAUCCGCGUCCAGCCAGACCAAAGUCGUUGAGGAUCUACGAGUGCCACGUGGGCAUUGCCUCCCAGGAGCCGAGGGUCGGCAGCUACGACGAGUUCGCCGACCGCAUCGUGCCGCGCAUCAAGCGGCAGGGCUACAACUGCAUCCAGGUGAUGGCCAUCAUGGAGCACGCCUACUAUGCCAGUUUCGGCUACCAGGUGACCAGUUUCUAUGCGGCAUCCAGUCGAUUUGGCAAUCCGGAACAGCUCAAGCGCAUGAUCGAUGUGGCUCACUCGCACGGACUCUUCGUUCUCCUGGAUGUCGUGCAUUCGCACGCCUCCAAGAACGUUCAGGACGGUCUGAACCAGUUCGACGGCACCAACAGUUGCUUCUUCCACGACGGAGCCCGCGGUGAGCACUCGCUGUGGGACAGUCGUCUCUUCAACUACGUUGAGUACGAGGUGCUGCGGUUUCUGAUAUCCAACCUCCGUUGGUGGCACGACGAGUACAACUUCGACGGCUAUCGCUUCGACGGCGUCACCUCUAUGCUAUAUCACUCUCGAGGAAUCGGCGAGGGCUUCAGCGGAGACUACAAUGAGUACUUCGGCCUGAACGUCGACACGGAUGCCCUCAAUUAUCUGGGACUGGCCAAUCAUAUGCUGCACACCCUUGACCCCAAGAUCAUCACCAUUGCGGAGGACGUGUCCGGAAUGCCCACCUUGUGUCGUCCUGUUUCAGAGGGCGGCAUUGGAUUCGACUACCGUUUGGGAAUGGCCAUUCCAGACAAGUGGAUUGAGCUUCUAAAGGAGCAGAGCGACGAUGAGUGGGACAUGGGCAACUUGGUGCAUACGCUGACCAACCGACGGUGGAUGGAGAGCACCGUGGCGUACGCAGAGUCCCACGACCAGGCACUUGUGGGUGACAAGACGGUCGCCUUCUGGCUGAUGGACAAAGAGAUGUACACGCACAUGUCGACGAUAUCUGACUCCUCGUUGAUUAUCGAUCGAGGAAUAGCGCUGCACAAGAUGAUACGCCUGAUCACGCACGCCCUGGGUGGCGAGGCGUACCUCAACUUCAUGGGCAACGAGUUCGGCCAUCCCGAAUGGCUGGACUUUCCGCGCGUCGGCAACAACGACUCGUAUCACUAUGCCCGCCGCCAGUGGAAUCUGGUGGACGACGAUCUGCUGAAGUACAAGUACCUCAACGAGUUCGAUCGGGCGAUGAACGAGGCCGAGGAGCGCUAUGGAUGGCUGCAUUCCGGACCCGCCUACGUCAGCUGGAAGCAUGAAGGCGACAAGAUCAUUGCCUUCGAGCGUGCCGGCCUGGUCUUCGUCUUCAACUUCCAUCCCCAACGGAGUUUCACCGGCUAUCGCGUGGGCACCAACUGGGCCGGCACAUACCAGGCCGUGCUCUCCUCGGACGAUCCACUCUUUGGCGGACACAACCGAAUCGAUGCCAACUGCAAGCAUCCCUCCAAUCCGGAGGGCUAUGCCGGUCGCACCAACUUCAUCGAGGUCUACACGCCAUCGCGCACGGCCGUGGUCUAUGCCCGCGUCAGCGAUUAGCUUCUGGACGAGCUCGACUCCGGAUCGGGACCCCAAAAUUGUUAAUGCCUAAAACGAAUUUCACAUAUAGUCAUAGUGUUUGUUAAUGUUACGAAUCGGGAAGCCAUCAUUGAAAUAUACGCUCAUUGAGGUAUAGUUUUCUAAAA